CCAAGUGAGUCAGUCGCCUGUUGCUCCAAGUGGUUCUCCACACGCUGCUCCCUGCAGGUCCGGAGCUCAGACUCACCUCACCGUCCCUCCGUGUAGUAACUCUGGUGUCUAGACGGCACCGGUUCUCCUCCGUUACACCGGGACUUGUCGUGAAACAAUGCAGCUGAGUGCUGCAGAGCCGCGACUCUGAGAUGGAGAAAAGCUCAGCGGAGGAUGACUGCGUGGACUCAGGAGCCGAGACAGGAGGGUCUGAUUACAGUCCCCUGUCCUCGACAAGCAUAUGUGGAGGCGAGUUAUCCAUGGGCGAGCUCCAGGACCCCUUCCUCGUCAGUGUCCACCUCAUCGCCGACCCCGGCCAGGGCAAGUUCCUGCAGCGCGCCGCCGAUGCAGUGCUGGCGUGGGUCCACCCCGAGCUGCAGCUCUUCAGGGUCUCGGAGCGGGCCUCCGUCUCCCACCGGCCCUGGCCCAAGCACCAUCAGAACGGCGGCCUGGCGGCGGCCUGCCAGCCGGCCUUGGCCGUCAUCCUCUUCCUCCAGGAGGCCGGCGGCGGCGAGGAGCAGAUCCUGAUGCUGCACCGCGCGCUGCAGAGGCCGCCCUGGCGAUACCACCACACGGAAAAAGUCAGCAAUGGCCGGCGGAUGCUGCCGCUGUCGCCGUGCAGUCAGGACUUCUUCAGCCUGUCUCCCGGAACGCCGCUCUGGGCCGUGCGGCAGGUGCACUACGGGAAGGAAAUCGUGCGAUUCACCGUCUACUGCCGCCACGAGAAUUACGUGGACAUGGUGCGUCUGUACAAGCUGCUGCUUCAGCGGCGGGUGGCGCAGAAGAAGGAGGACUUUUGCUUCUUCGUCGUCUACUCCAACCCCGACAUGGAGAUCCAGUUGUCCUUCAAGAGGCUCCCGCGGGGGCAGAGUCCCGUGGCGCUGGAGUCGGCGGUGAUGGAGAUGAGGGUGCGGGACGUCGGAGUGCUGGUGCCCCUGCUGCCAAACACCUGCAGCCCGAUCAGCGAGGUCCGCUGGCAGACGGAGGACUACGACGGAAAUAAGAUCCUGCUGCAGGUGCAAAGCGGCCACUUCAGGCACAGACAAGAUCCCGGCCACAUCACGUCCGCCGGCGCCGCCGAAUCUGCCUCGGCUCCGUCCACCUUCGCCCGCGCCGGCGCCUCGCACAGGAGCCGUCGGUACCAUCACCGGGCGACGUCCCACCCCAGAGCGCACCCGCAGACCUCCCAGAGCUCCCUCCCGCUGGCCUGCGACGAGCCAGAGGAGCAGGAGCAGUGGCCUGACCGGCACCAGCCGGACGGCUGGAGGAGCCAGUGUAGGGGCCACCGGUCGGGCUCCCUCUUCUCCCUGCCCAACGUUGGGUCAGGCAGCUCCCGCUCCACCUGCUCCUCUCCCGGGCCCUCUCCCAGCCCCCACCACAGGAGCCACUCCCUCAACCGGAGGCCGUCCCUCAUCCCGCCCUUCCGCCUCAACGUGGACGCUCUGGUCGGGGCCGAGGAGACGGACGUGGACACGGGGGACAAAGUCAAUCCGGGCAACGCAGUGGACUUCACGGUGGUGUCUGCGUACAUCAAGUCCAACCUGCCACAGACUUGUAGGCCGUCGUCGGCGCCGCCCGAGGACAUCGGGCCCUCCCUUUCCCCCGGCGUCUCGGAGAGCGCCUACAGGGCAGCGACACUGGGCCGGACUCCAUACAGCUUCUGCACCGACAGCGCCCACUCCACCGCGCUGGGGUCGUGUCCCCAGAGCACCGGUGUGACCGGCAGUGCGGCGCCGUCCCUGAGCGACAUGUCCAUGAACCAGUCGGACAGCUGCAGCAUCAUCAGUGUACCAGUAGAAGAGGAAGAAGAAGAAGAAGAAGAAGAAGAAGACCAAGAGUUCUACAUUUGAUCGACUGCUCUGUAAUUUGUGACUCUCCUCAGUAAUGAAAGACAUCAGGGAUGAGACCUUAACAGCGGCUCUACUCUGCCCCCUGGUGUUCGAUAGAAAAACUACAGCGACAGUGAAAAGGCACACAAAACUGUAUUUAAUGCUCUCGUGUGUUUGUGAAAGUUGCUUUUUUUCACAUGUAGAUUCAAGCUUUGUAAAUGUCAGGUCGCAUAAAAGUGAAUGAAGUUACACAUUUAAAGGACCAAUCAUGUAACGUGUGUAUAGAUACACUAUUCAAUAAAACAAUUCCCCUUUGUGGUGUGAUACACACCACGACAUCAAGGGAACCUACCAACCACGAUUCUCCAUUCAUUGACUUACAGGCUUAAUCGAAAUGGUUUUUUUACGUCAUUUUGGUUUGAGCAUAGAUGGGACUAUAUCAUGAACUUUACAUACAGGAUAAC